AACUGACACAAUGUCUUUUAUGAGGGCCGGAAACAUCGCUUGCUCCCGGGUGGGCAGGCUCGUGACAUACCGCAACACCCGUAUGCUUUCAGCAACUGCUUUCAGAGCCGAAACGUCCGUUAAGCCCAGCAGCAGCGUUGCUGACGCUCCGACCACUCCUCUUUCCGAGAGCACACUGAUCCAGAAGGAGACUCCCGCAGAGGCAAUGACUCGUCAUCAGCCUGAUUAUGACGCGACGGUCGAUCAUGGCACCUCCAAAUUUUCUCCUGUGCCUAAGCGUGUCAUGGAUGGAAGCGAGCCUGGCGAGACGGUUCCUGCUGCUGUUCUCUCUGGUGCCCCCACCGACCUUCAGGCGCGCACUGUCAGAAUCUUCCGGCCUUCGAAGCCCGCUACGCAGUCUGGAGAGUGGCACAGCCACCACUGGAGGAUGGAUUGGGACAUUUUACAGAAGGGCCACCGAUGGGAGAACCCUUUGAUGGGUUGGCAAUCUUCCGCUGAUGCCAUGCAGGGCACGCACCUGAACUUCAAGACCAAGGAAGAUGCCAUUUUAUUCGCGCAGAAGCAGGGCUAUGAAUAUUUUGUUCAGGAGCCGAAUGAGCGCAAAUUUGUUCCCAAGGCUUAUGCAAACAACUUUGUCCACGAGCCCAAGAAGCUUAAGCACAUCAGAACCAAAUAA